AUCAGCGUUCAAAUGCCAACGUUUCUAUAAUAUGAUACGAUAAAUCUUUUAAACUAUCAGUGAAAUGGAUAGUUUAUCCAUAGCGUAAUCUUAAAUGAUCGGAAAAUGAAUAAACAUGCAUUAAGCCAAAUGCAAAAUGGUAAAUUGGGCUGACUUCUUCAAAUAAGAGCACAUGCUCCUAUAGGACCGGGAUAGUGAAGGUCAGGCCAAUGUUUCGUGAUUUUAAUUUGAUUUUGACAGUAUGGAUAGUUCUGAUUGAAGGUGUGGUCGGGCAGACAUCUGUGUGCCCCGCGGAAAAUUCUUCCGUUGUUCAUGUUUGUCAAGAUAGCUGGGCAAGUGCUGGGCUUGUUUAUCUGGACACAUUAUACACGCCCAAAUUACAGAGUGUGGUGUGUUGGUGCUUCGUUACCGCUCAACGUAAAAAUGCAGCAGUGGCGGCUUCAUAUACAAGUGGGUCUAAUACAGACUUGCAAGCGUUUCAACUUGGUAUAACCAAUCUAACUGGCCGAGAAAAUGGAUUGUUCUUUUUUAACAAAACACUUGAAAUUACCUACAGUGGUAAUUCGGAACACCAAGUGCGCCCUGCCUGUCUGGAACUGUUUUUCAAAGAUUAUAAAGAAGAGAUAUUCAAUGUUAGCUGUAGAAGAUUUUCAAAGACGAAGGCCACUCAAACCAAACCAGAAUCAAGUUCGUUUUCAACUCUGACAACAGCAGACAAUAAAUCAAGCUCCUCUCUUUCUACGCCACACAAACGUUGGAGUUUCAUUCCGACCAGACCUGAUAAAAAUUUGAAAUUUCCAUCACUAACGACAGCUGAAAGUGUCUUGCCCGCAUCAAAAGCAGAGUCGCCAAACUAUGGUAUUUGA